CAAAAAUUAAUAUGGCUUCCAAAUUAAAUACAAUCGAGGCAACCAAUCUAGACCAUCAAAUCUAACAUUUAUAUUAAUGUAAACCACUUCCAGAACAAGAUGUGAAGCUGAUAUGUGAUAAGGCUAAAGAGAUUCUGAUUGAGGAAUCUAAUGUGUAACCUGUUCGUGCACCAGUUAUAAUUUGCGGUGAUAUUCAUGGUCAAUUCCAUGAUUUGAUGGAACUGUUCAAAAUAGGUGGCAAAGCACCAGAUACCAAUUAUCUAUUCAUGGGAGAUUAUGUCGAUCGAGGACAUCAUUCUGUCGAGUGUGUAACUCUUCUUGUCUUGUUGAAAAUUCGUCAUAGAGACAGAAUAACCAUUCUCAGAGGUAACCACGAAUCAAGAUAAAUCACAUAAGUCUAUGGUUUCUAUGACGAAUGUUCACGUAAAUACGGUAAUAGUAAUGUUUGGAAAUGCUUCACUGAGUUGUUUGAUUACUUGCCAUUGACAGCUGUAGUUGAAUCAUAAUUCUUCUGUCUCCACGGAGGUAUCUCCCCAUCUAUUGAUACAUUGGAUCAUAUUCGUCAAUUAGAUAGAGUUUAAGAAGUACCUCAUGAAGGCCCUAUGUGCGAUUUGCUUUGGAGUGAUCCAGAUGAUAGAUCUGGGUUGGGGUAUUUCUCCAAGAGGAUAUUUCAGAAUAAUUCAAUCACAAUAACAAAUUAAAAGAUGAUUGCCAGAGCACAUCAAUUGGUGAUGGAUGGAUAUUCCUUGGCUCACGAGAGAAAUGUAGUCACUAUAUUCUCUGCUCCUAACUAUUGUUAUAGAUGUGGCAAUCAAGCUGGCAUAAUGGAAGUGGACGAGAAUCUACGUUAGACCUUCAUACAAUUUGAUCCAGCUCCUAGAUCUGAAAAUGAAUCUGUCCCCAAAAGAGUACCAGAUUAUUUCUUAUGAUUCAUAUAAUAUAGACAGUAAUCACCAUUUAAUGUUUAA